UACUCAUUUGACCAGAAAUCACAAAGAAGCAAGGAGGUGGAGGAGUUUGUGUUCUCAGCAGCACAUGAUGUAUCCGCCAGAGAGACUGGGUAGAAGAAAAAGUUCGUUGAAACCAUGGAUGAUUGCCCUUAUUAUCACAGCUAUUGUGUUGGUUCUGGCAAUAAUUAUUGGUCUCCUUGUUCAUUUCUUGGCAUAUGAUCAGAAGUCCCAUUAUUACCAGGCCUCCUUCCGGAUCCCUAGUAUUGAAUAUGAUCCUGAUUUUUCAGUAGAACACUCGAAAUCUGGGACUGACAUGAAACAAAAAGUCAAUGAUGAGAUAGAUAAAAUAUUUCAAAGAUCCAGUUUAAACCAUCAAUACAUCAAGUCUCAUGCCAUCAACUUUAGGCCAAGUAAUGAUGGUUUGGAAACAGAUGUAUUGCUCAAAUUUCAGUUUACUUCUAACAAUGCGGACACAAUAAAAAGGCAAGCUGAUAAUAUUUUGCAUCAGGAGUUGAAUUCAAAUGAAAGCUUCUUGAAGAUAGAAACUUCAUUACCUUAUCUUAGAGAUAUGAAUAAAGAACAAGCAGAACACAUUCUGAACAGCUGUUGUGGUUUAGGGAAGGAGUUGCCAUCCAUGGAAAGGAUUGCUGAUGGUGACACUACAAAGAAAGGCGACUGGCCGUGGCAAGCCAGCCUGCAGGUGGACGGCGUCCACAUCUGCGGGGCAUCUGUGAUCAGCGAGGACUGGCUCUUGACUGCCGCUCACUGUUUUGACGUUUACAAAAACCCCAGACUAUGGAUGGCUAGUUUUGGAAGAACCCUAAACCCUUCACUGAUGAGAAGAAAGGUGCAGUCAAUUACUGUUCACAAAAACUAUGCUGCCCAUAAGCAUGAGGACGACAUUGCUGUGGUGAAGCUCUCCACCCCCGUCCUGUUUUCCAACGAGGUGCACAGAGUCUGUCUCCCGGAUGCUACUUUUGAAGUCUUGCCUAAGAGCAAAGUGUUUGUCACUGGAUGGGGAGCAUUAAAAGCAAAUGGUGCUUUUCCCAAUACUCUGCGAGAAGUUGAAAUAGAGAUCAUAAGUAAUGAUAUAUGUAAUCAAGUUAAUGUGUAUGGUGGUGCUGUCUCAUCAGGAAUGAUCUGUGCUGGAUUCUUGACAGGAAAGCAAGAUGCCUGUGAGGGUGAUUCUGGAGGACCUCUGGUUAUUGCCCAAGAUAGAAACAUCUGGUAUCUUAUUGGAAUAGUAAGCUGGGGAAUAGACUGUGGAAAAGAAAACAAGCCUGGACUUUAUACCAAAGUGACUCAUUAUCGGGACUGGAUUAAAUCUGAAACUAACAUCUAAUGUGACAAUGACCUCUACAUUCAAACUAUCGAUGUCACGUGUGGUCUCUAGAAAAUUGUGGUUAGCGUGUGUUGCCAUCAAGUUCAAGACACAAAUAAGUGUGACCUGAUGACUUUCCCCUUAAACAUGGGAGGCAGGCUUCCUUUCCCACCAUCUGAAAUGUUCUGCUGACUGCACAGAAGAUACCGUCAACUCCACAAAGAUCUGCCAUUGCUACGGGGUCUGAUUUGUUCAUCUCUCUGUCCCUACUAUGUACUAUUCAUUGUAAUCUGGCAAUUUAAUCAGAUAAGUACCAAAUGCUACAUGUUCUCUAACUUUUCCUAACAGAGCAUGCCUUCCUUCCCUGAUUUCCCUGAUGGCUCCACAAUUUCUGUCCUUCCUCAUUAAAUAUUCCUUAUAAAGAAUUUUUAAAUCCACUGUACUAGACAAGUCCAGAUUACUAGCCUUGGCCACUGCUAACACAAAUGACAGAGGACACCAGACCUGAAACUAAAACCUAAGAGACGGAACUACUGUGAGUCCAUUUCCCCUUAGCUCUCAGAUGUGCAGUUAACCUGUCUCUGAAACUUGAAAAAAGCUGAUUUAUGUGUUUAUACCCAAUGGUGUAAAUUUUAAUCUCUUUAAACAACUACACUGAUGUUUAUUUUGGAGCAAUAAGUAAAUCCUUGAAUCUGUCAGCAGACUGAAACUUGAAACUUGAAAAAAAAAGCUGACACAUGGAGAUAUUGCCUGGCACAGGAUUCUGCUCUGAACUAUGUAAAAAUGCCUUUAGGUACUCAGAAAUUAAAGGCAGACUUUCUUGGUCUUUUUAUCAAGUUGAAAUGAAAAGAAGCAGGAUUUAGUGAGAAGGAGCUGCAUUUAGCUCCAUCUCUAAAAAUGAUAAAAUUUCAAGUCUUUGUCUAAAUUUACUUUUCACUUUUGUUUCAUGAUCUCUUAAUGUAUUUUACUUAAGCAGUUUUAUUUUCAACCAACUUUAAAACAAUUAAGAGACCUACAGAAUAGGAAGUCAAUGUAAAUUAGAUAUGAAUAAACAACUUACAUGAGAAGCUAAUAUAAAAGUAGACAUUCAUAAACAAUUUGAUACGAGAUUUUGGUAAUAAAGACCUUAUUGUGUAAUAUUUAAAUUUACUGUUAAAAAUGGCCAGCAUUUUUUGCAAAGUAGUAUUUAUAGAAACUAUUGAGAUAAUCAAGAAAAUAUCUUUGUACUAGUUUCAUUGUGAUAAGAUUGUCAUUUUUAUAUGUAUUUAAUUGCAUAUUUUAUAGUACUGUACAUGACUGUGGACUAGUAUUUAACAAAAGUCUUUUUCUGUGCAUCUAAACCUUUGUUUCUGCCGCCCCCAAAUACACUUUUACAAUUAAUUUAGUUAAUGAGAUAACUGCUGUGCUAAGAUUUUCCUUGGGGUUUUAUAUCAAGUAAGAGUCUUUCUUGCUCCACAGUUUAACAUUAUUCUAUAUGUGUUAAAAUAUAUUUAUCGUAUUAAACAUAAACUCAUUCUCUUUGAAUUAUGACUAUAAUGUAGAGUGUCUCAACGUUGGUGCUGUUGACAUUUUGUCACAGACAAUUCUCUGUUGGGGGAGGGGGGAAGAUUACCUUGUGUCUUGUAGAA